AAUAUAAGAAGAGGAGGGCGAGCGAGAGAGGAGUAGGGGAAGAGAUGGAGAGGAGGAAGGGGGUGGCACUAUUAGGGUUCGACUGUGGCGCUGGCCGUGGCGGCAGCGGAGACGGCGGCGGACUCCCCUUGCUCCUCCUCGUUCUCUUCUUGAGUGCCGCUGCCGCUGCUUCGGAGGCGGAUUUGGAGAAGCGGAGUGGGGGGUCGAUGCCGAUCGACUCCACAAAGUCUUUUCAGGAUAGUUGCAAUUACACGAUCUUAAUCGAAACAACAUGCACCAAAGGGGCGGGCACAGUAGACCAAGUAAGCUUAAGAUUCGGCGACUCGAACUUGACAGACAUAUUGGUACGCCGUCUCAGAACCAAGCACACAAAAUGGGUCGAUGAGUUAGGCCCAACCGUGCUCGAUGAUGUGCCAAGAAUUCCAUUUCGAGAAUGCUCAACUGAUGUGUUCAAGAUCACUGGCAAGUGCAUCCAUUCCCAGGUUUGCUAUCUCUAUAUGAAGAACAGAGGUGAUGAUGACUGGAGGCCUGGUCGAGCUCAGGUGCUAGCAGCAGGUGCACCCAAUCUGUCCUCUAAUUCGUUCUACUUUCGAAGGUUCCUUCCUCGACGAGUCUGGCAUGGGAUCGACACUUGCGAGGCCGAGGUUACUCCAUUUGGGAUUAGGCAUCCAAGGAGAGUGUUUGGCAGUGAACAUGAAUCCAAGUUACCUUAAGCUUAGUAGCCUAUUUUCUAAUGCAGGCCUUAUGCAUUAUUAAAUAGAACAAGUUGCAUGAAUUGUUGCAGUAAAGUGGUAUAUAUACGAGGCUUAAUGAGUUAUCAAUAGCAAGCAUGAGAUUAUCCUAUGUUAAUUUUGCUAUAUGUGCACAAUAAAGAUUUAGAGUAUGAAUCCAAAAUAAAGGAGAUAACCAAAUACAGUGA